AUGGAGACUGCAAACCAUACAACAGUGACAGAGUUCAUUAUUUUGGGAUUAACAGAUAAUCCCACACUAUGUGCCAUCUUCUUUGAGAUUUUUCUAGGGGUUUAUAUAGUUACCGUAGUGGGAAAUAUCAGCAUAAUCAUCUUAAUCCGAAGUAGCCCACAGCUUCCCAUGUCUAUGUACCUUUUCCUCAGCCAUUUGGCCUUUGUAGACAUUGGGUAUUCCACAUCAGUCACACCAAUCAUGCUGAUGAGUUUCUUAAGAGAGAGAACUGCCAUCCCAGUCACUGGCUGUAUAGCUCAGCUUGGCUCUGAUGUCACCUUUGGGACUACAGAGUGCUUCCUGCUGGCCACCAUUGCCUACAAUCACUAUGGGUCCAUUUGCUCUCCCCUGCUCUACUCCACCCACAUGUCCCCAGUGGUCUGCUUCUUCCUGUUUGAGGCCUCCUACUUGGGUGGAUGCAUAAAUGCUUCUUCAUUUACAGGCUGUUUGAUGAAUCUCUCCUUCUGAGGACCAAAUAAAACGAACCAUUUUUUCCGCGAUCUUCCACUCUUGAAGCUUUCUUGCGGCCAUGUUUCUAUUGCUGAAAUAUCUCCUGCCAUCUCUUCUGCAUCAGUCCUCAUAAGCACACUGUUUACCAUAAUCGUGUCCUACAGCUACAUCCUCCACUCAAUCCUGAAGAUGCACUCUACUGAGGGGAGGAAGAAGGCUUUCUCUACCUGCAUUUCCCACCUCACUGCAGUCACUUUGUUUUACGGGACAGUUUUGUAUGUUUACAUAAUGCCCAAAUCGAGCUAUUCAGCUGAUCAGGUCAAAGUGGCAUCUGUAAUCUACAUAGUGGUGGUUCCCAUGCUGAACCCCUUCAUCUGCAGUCUGAGGAACAAGGAGGUGAAAGAGGCUAUGAGAAAACUAAUGGCUAGAGCACAUUGGUUUUCCUGA